CCGAGAUCUGAAUCCUUCUCGAAAAUACUAAUCCACUCGUCGCUCUAUCCGCUGCUUUAUCAAUCCACUAAGCACUACCCAAUCCACUAAGCACUACUCAUGGCUCCCCUCAGCGGCUGGACCCUGCCUGUCACCCUGUCGCCGCCCCUCAGUGGCCGCGAAGCCGUUGCUGACGCCCUGUACCGUUGCGUCACCGGCCUCGACACCAACGAUGUGGACCUAUUUCGGUCCGCAUUCCACCAAGACGCCAGCUUCACCCUGAACGGCUACACCAUGAAUGGCCUGGCCAGCAUCGUCUCAGACUGCUUUGACAACAUCGCCAAGCUCGAGACGACCCACUUCGUCACAAACACCCGCAUCCACAUUGCCGACGGCGGCAGCCAGGCCACCUUGUCUGCCUCCACCCUUGCCCAGCACUACCGCGGUGGUCAGGGCAUGAAGGGCAACGCAGAUCGCUUCCUGACCGGCGCCCUCUACCUACUAGAGCUCGCCAAAGACAGCGAUGGCACCACCUGGAAAAUUACCAACUGGAAGAUGCAGAGCACCUGGGGCGAAGGGGAUAUCGGCAUCGUGACGGGCAAGUAAAGCAUGGAGAAGGAGACAAGCACAACGCAACGACAAAAGAAGAGGGAGGUACCAGACCCCUUGCCUGCAUGUGUUGUUGUGGAUGCGGAAGGGCACGGAUAGGUUCAUGCAGUGGGAAGCAUGGAUAGGAUGGCGUGCUGCCUGUCAGCCGUAAAUCCUCCUCCUCUUGUUUGCCUGCCUGUUCGUCUCUUCUCGAGCCAUGCUUUCGCAUACUGAAUCGUGCCGCAUAUCAAAGUUGUCGCUCAAACUAGCUCUAUCAAUCUACAUACAUAUGUAGAUAUGGUCAGCAAUCAAAUCAACUGGUUCCACCAACCGCGGACGGCAGUGGAGCAUCCGCUGUGCUGCUGAGUCGCUCCA